AUGUCCACACCGUCAAUUCCAUCCAUCGCCGUCAUAGGCUCCCUGAACGUCGAUCUCGUUACCAGAACCCCUCGCAUUCCCGCCGGCGGUGAGACAUUGGCCUCAAAAUCCUUCAACAUCGGCUUCGGAGGCAAAGGAGCCAACCAAGCCGUUGCAUGUGCCCGCCUAUCCCGGACAAAAGUCCAGGCUGCACAGCACGCGGAGACUGAUGUUGCUGUACAGAUGGUUGGCGCUGUGGGCACUGAUACCUUUGCAGACGACUUCCUGACCAGUCUGAAGGAGGAUGGACUUGAUGUGUCGCUAGUGGAGAAAGUCGGCGGAUUAAACACGGGCGUAGCGGUGAUUCUUGUCGAGGAGGAUACUGGCGAGAACAGAAUCCUGAUUUCUCCUGGUGCGAAUGAGGCGAUAAGGCCGCAAGGGCUGUUGCCCAAAGGAGCAGGUGUGGCUGUGUUCCAGUUGGAGAUCCCGAAGGAUGUUGUUUUCGCCACAAUGGCGGAAGCAAAGAAGAAGGGCACGAUUAUCAUUCUUAACCCGGCACCCGCUAUUCCACUUCCAAAGGAAGUUUUUCAUGGCUUGCAUCAUCUGAUUGUCAACGAAAGCGAGGCUGCAAUCCUGUCCCAUCGAUCUCCCGACCAGAUCAAUCCAGACGCAGACCUCUCAGCCAUUGCUGGGGAAUUCAUUGAUGCUGGAGUUGGCCAUGUCAUCAUUACUCUAGGAUCACAUGGGGUCUUCUUCCAAACAGCUACGAAGCAUCAACAAAGGACUGUUGGUACUUUGAUACCUGCUGAACCUGUCCCCGUUGUUGAUACCACGGCUGCCGGUGAUACCUUUGUAGGCGCAUAUGCUGUGUCCGUGGCUAGAGCAUCGCAUGGACCGAAUCCUGCAAAGUUCGAUAUUGCCUCUGCUGUCGCAUUUGCGAAUCGAGCUGCUUCAAUCACGGUCCAACGACCUGGGGCUCAGUCUGCCAUUCCAUGGCUAGAUGAAGUCUCAAUGGUACAAUAA